UCAAUUGCCCAACUCUUCUCAGUGACUCAUGUUUAUCAAGCUUUUCAUGGUGGUGAGGAAGCUGCAAUUUCCUCUUCUCUACCUUUGGCGAAACGAAGUGUUUUGGGCGGCCUCUUACCUGAGUCAUUGCUUUAUGUACUGGAAUGUAGCGGCCCAGUUGCUUUUGCCGCAGCAAUGGUUUCUGAUUCAGACACUCCUGAGAUUAUUUGGAUACACAAGAUGCGAGCAGAAAAUCUGAUCUGUCAGGUUCUUCAGCAUCUUGGUGAUUUCCCUCAGAAAUUGUCACAGCAUUGUCAUUCCUUAUAUGACUAUCCUCCAAUGCCACCAGUGACAUCCAGAGCUGAAAGAUGAAAUGUGGUGUCAUCGUUAUUAUCUUCGAAACUUAUGUGAUGAAAUUAGAUUUCCUAAUUGGCCUAUUGUUGAACAUGUUGAGUUUUUGCAAUCAUUGCUAGUAAUGUGGAGAGAAGAGUUAACUCGAAGGCCAAUGGACCUUUCUGAAGAAGAAGCUUGCAAGAUACUAGAGAUUUCCAUUGAUGAAGUAUCCAGAGACGACGCCCCUAAGAAACCAAGUCUUGAGUCAGUUGAGGAGAUACCUAAUAUAUCAAAGCAGAUUGAGUAUAUUGAUGAGGAAAAGCUCAAGAGACAGUAUAGGAAACUUGCAAUGAAGUAUCAUCCAAACAAAAAUCCUGAAGGGAGGGAGAAGUUUCUGGCAGUGCAGAAAGCUUAUGAGUGCUUGCAGGUGACCAUGCAAGGAUUGCAAGGUCCCCAGACUUGGAGGUUGUUGCUUCUCUUAAAGGGCCAGUGUAUUCUAUGUAGGCGAUAUGGGAAUGUAUUGAUGCCAUUCAAAUAUGCUGGAUAUCCUAUGCUCUUAAGUGCCAUUACAGUGGACAAGGAUGAUAACAAUUUUCUUUCCUCUGAUCGAGCACAUCUUCUAGUUGCAUCCUCGGAGCUUGUUUGGUUGACGUGCGAGUCUUCACCAUUCAAUGGUGAAGAGCUUGUGAGAGAUGGUGGAAUACCUCUUCUUGCAACACUCCUUUCCCGUUGCAUGUGUGUGGUCCAACCAACAACUCCUGCCACUGAACCGUACGCUACUAUUGUUGCUAGCAUAAUGCGAACUUUUUCAGUUUUGAGUCAGUUUGAAAGUGCGAGAACUGAGAUGCUCGAAUUUUCAGGAUUAGUUGAUGACAUUGUUCAUUGCACUGAACUUGAGCUUGUUCCUGCUGCUAUUGAUGCUGCCCUGCAGACCAUUGCUCACCUUUCUAUCUCGUCUGAAAUUCAAAAUGCCCUUCUGAAGGCUGGUGUACUGUGGUAAGAUAGAUCAUUAUAUUGUUAUGAUUAUGCUUUCAUCAGUUUUCUAG